AUGGCAGCAGGCGCGCGCUCUAGGAGACUUGGGAAAACAGAUACACUCGCCCCGGAAGGCGGCCUCCCUAGGGACAAAGUACGGCUGCAACCGCAAACCGGGCGAACCGACAGCCGCUUGGCGCUCUGGAACAGGCAUCUCGACGACCGGAGGCACGAACUUGUGGUCUUUGGCGAUAAUCGAGGAGCGUCUAUCUUGCAAACCGGCUAG